CUGCACCCACACAACUUCCUCCUGUGAACUCCUGCGUCUGUCACUCCUCUCCUCCUUCUCCUCCUUCUCCUUCUCCUCCUCUCGGCUCUGUAAUGUCCUGGUAAUUCUGUGUGCACUAGUUAAUGAGCAUUAAUCCAUCACCCCUGGAUGCUUUUGUUGUGGGGGGGGGCGCGGCCAUUCGAAUGCAAAUGCGUGACACUGUGACAGUAAGGUGCUUAUUAAACUGAUGUGUCCUCCUGUCUGUUCCGCUGGAAGCUCCGCACACUGAAAGGAGGCGCGGGGGCCGGGAGCUGACGGAGCGGCUCGGACUCACACCGGAGCUGCUCACAUCCAGUCCACCUGCACACGCACCCGCACCCGCACCUGCACCGGACCGCCGCACCAUGGCCACCUCCGCCUCCCUGGAGACCGUCAUGUCCUGCGGAAGGACGGGGCCGUCCGCCGCGGCGCCCAAGACCCUGGCCUUCUCCAUAGACCGGAUCAUGUCCAAGAGCUCGGAGCCCAAAGGGACCGAAGAGGGCAAGAAGCUGCUGGGACUGUGCGCCCCGAUCCCCUGCAUGAUCCCACUGCAGCCCUUCAGCUACGACUUCCAGGCCAAGGCGCUCAUGAACUACUCGGAGUUGUGGAGAGCCAGUUUCAGGGGCACUUUUUGCGGGUCCGCAGCCGCGCCGUGCGCCAAAGGGAGCUGCGGUGUGUGCGGUGGAGGUAAAGCGGAGCCGGGCCUCCUGAAGCAGCCGCUGCUGACCUCCGGGGGCCGGGGCGGGGUGGUCAAACCGCAGGUCAUCCACCAGGCCGUGUCGGUGCCGGGCAACGGCGGUGGCGGCGGCGGCGGGUCCUUGUACUACCUGAACUACCUGGACUCGGCCUACCAGCACUCGGACUCGCUGCAGCUGGCCGCCGGACACUGGUUCUCGUCCAGCGCGCAGACGCAGGCCUCCCUGUCGGCGGCGCACCACAGACUGCUGCUGCUGGAGAACGCCAAGCUGGCCGCCGCCGCCGCCGCCGCUGCCGGGGUGGUGGUGGGGGCCGCCGCCGCCGCCGACAAGCUGCCCACACCCCAGUACCCGCACAAGGAACAUCUGCCGGGUCAGUUGGACCAGAUAGUGAAGGAGAACCACGGCCUGAGCGCAGAGAAGAGCAGCGUCAAAGCGCACGGAAAGAUGAGCGGCGGCGGAGGAGGCGGCGGAGGUGCGGACGGAAAACCCAAAAACUUUACGUGUGAAGUGUGUGGAAAGGUUUUUAACGCUCAUUAUAACCUGACCAGACACAUGCCGGUGCACACGGGCGCGCGGCCCUUCGUGUGUAAAGUGUGCGGGAAAGGCUUCCGCCAGGCCAGUACACUGUGCAGACACAAGAUCAUCCACACGCAGGAAAAGCCUCAUAAAUGCAACCAGUGCGGGAAGGCGUUCAACAGAAGCUCCACGCUCAACACGCACGUCCGGAUCCACGCAGGAUACAAGCCGUUCGUCUGCGAGUUUUGCGGGAAAGGAUUCCACCAGAAAGGAAACUACAAGAACCACAAGCUGACGCACAGCGGAGAGAAGCAGUACAAGUGUUCCAUCUGUAAUAAGGCGUUCCACCAGGUUUAUAACCUGACCUUCCACAUGCACACGCACAACGACAAGAAGCCCUUCACCUGUAACACCUGUGGGAAAGGCUUCUGCCGCAACUUCGACCUGAAGAAACACAUACGCAAACUGCACGACAAUGGCUUCAGCGCCACCACAGAGACCACCAGAGACCACCAGAGCUGAAGACCUGGACCGUCUGGACCUGCAGAGACCGCCAAGACCUGCAGAGACCACCAGAGACCUGCAGAGCUGAAGACCUGGAUCUCAGAGACCUACAGAGACCUGCAGAUUUGAGGACCUAGACCUCAGAGACCUGCAGACCCAAGAACCUGGACAUCAGAGACCUUUAGACCCGAGGACCUGGACCUAAAAGACCUGCAGACCUGAGGACCUGGACCUCAGAGACCUGCAGACCCAAGAACCUGGACAUCAGAAACCUUUAGACCCGAAAACCUGGACCUCAGAGACCUGCAGACUCGAGAACCUGGACCUCAAAGACCUGCAGACCUGAGGACCUGGACCUUGGAGACCUGCAGACCUGAGGACCUGGACCUCAGAGACCUGCAGACCUGAAGACAUGCACCUCAGAGACCUGCAGACCCAAGGACAUGCACCUCAGACAGCUGGACCUAGACUGGAGUAGGUCCUUCAUUGGACCCAGACUCAAGGACAGACUUGAACCGACCCCCUUCAGGACAUCCUGCAGAGACUCAGAGCUCAGACCGGUCCUGGUCCAACCCAGGACCAGAUUCUGUAGAACUUCUUCCGGUUCCUCUUGAGACAGACUGUGUAAAUAAUAGGAUAUGAAAUACAAAGUGUUAUUUAAUGAACUUCUCCAUGUUGUGUAUUUCACAGAUGAAAACGUUAAUGUGAAUAAAUAAGUUAUAACUUAUAAGGAAAAUGAAUGUUUGAGACACAAGUUUCCAUUUUUUGAAGGAAUUUCAAAAUAAAAUCAGUUUGAUCAUG